AUGGCAGCCCGCCCGGCUAAAGGAGAGCGGCUAAAGAGGCCCCUCCCCCGUCCAUCACCCCGCCCGCGAGAGCUCUGCUCCCUCGACGACUGCCAGUACCUGUUCGUCAAGAGUCAUCGCUGUACUCCAUGCCGGGUACGUACAUCAUCAUCAUCGCCCUCACCACCGCAUGCCCGCCAGCCUGCAUCGGGGGCGUGCGUGCCUUGAUCGCGGUGGCUUGCAUCGCCUGACUCCUCCCGUACAGGUACUUGGCCCUCCGUGCCUCCCUCCCUCGAUGAUUCUCCACGAACAGUGAGGAAUCAAUCUAUCAAUCCACCAACGAACGGCGCGGCUCAGGGAACAGGGGCCCAAAGCCAUUCCUUCCUUCAUUCGCGUCAAGUCAUGUCCCUGUCGGAGAAUUCCCAAAACUGCCCUCCUAUAGACAUGGCUGCUCACUGACUGACCGUCCCUCUUCUUUCUUUCCUUUCUCCCGGGCUACUAACCACCACCACCACCACCACCAUCGCCAUCAUCACUUGGACUGCUGUUGCAUGAAUGACGCCUGGCCCGGCCUAUGUCUGAGCCAAACUCUGGCUACACAUGCCGUGCCGACUACAUAC